AUGGGCGGCAUCAGCGCCGCCGGAAAGCUGCAGGCGGAGGGCCACAGCGUGACGCUGCUCGAGGGCAGGGAUCGCUUGGGCGGCCGCACCUGGACUGACACGUCUUUGGGCUUCCCCGCAGACUUCGGUGCCUCCUGGGUGCACGGCGCCAGUGUGCAGAACCCGCUGACCGCGGUGGUGCAGGGGCUGAAUCUGCGGACCGAGGACCAUCCGGACAAGCAACUCUGCCGCUAUGACAAGGAUGGGGUGAAGUACAACGCCAACCAAGUGGCGAAGUGGGAGCUCUGGUGCUGGGACGCUGAGCCAGGCCACGGUGCCACUGGCACGCUGGAGCAGUUUUUGAGGUCCUACGACCCCGCCUUUUUCAACACCGUGGAGGGAGAAAUGUGUUUGGCGGGCUGGGACUUCAACGAAGGUUCCGCCGUGGAUUUGGUGUCCGCAGCAAAGAUCUACCAGAGCGAGGUGGAAGAGACAGGCGGUCCCGAGUGGUUGAUGUUGGAUGGAUACGUCUCCCUAGUGAACGGCCUGGUUCAGCGCUUCCAAAGCGCUGGAGGGACUGUGAAGACUGGAGCCAAGGUCACCCAAGUGGAGUACUGCAUGGGUUUUGGCGACGUCUCCUGCACCGCGAACGUGACCUACACCGAGAACGGCAGCAGCGUCACGCAGAGCGCGGACGCGGUGGUGGUGGCGGUGCCCCUGGGGGUGCCAAGGCGGCAGAGACUGGCACCAUCUGGAGAUGAUUUAUGA